AUGCAACCAGCACGACCCCCGCCCCGAGCGCCGGGCAGCUUCAGCCCUCUGCCGGGCUCGACAGCUUCCAGCGCACAAUCGCCGCAGCGUCCACGACCUCCAGUCCGCGCCGAGUCGACGUCGAGCGAAGAGAGCCUCUCCAUCCACUUCGUCAAACCAAGAAGUCACGCACCGAGCGCGCCCACUGCCCCCUCUGGCACCCCCAUAUACGCUCAGUUCACCUCGCAGGCCAAUUCGAGCACCGCGAGCCUACAUAAUUUUUCGCGCCCGAGUGCCCAGCGAUCUGGCAGCACACCGGGAGGACCAACAGGCCCCGCAGGAUCAGGAGGUCGCAACGACUUAACCAUCAAUGUGAACGUCGCAUCCGCUGCCGCACGUACAGCGAGUCCUUUGGCAAAAGGUCACUCGAGGAAACACAGCCAGACGCCUGGCCUUUUCGAUUCGACCCUCCCGUCGACGAGUACUUCGAAUCUCUCCCAUGUGGGCAUGUCACAGCCCGCAUCCGCAGCAGCAUCUUCUACAAACCAGCACCAGCACCAUCACCAGCACCCGCAUCACCACCAUCAGCAAUCGAGCCCGGCACUCUCCGCCAGCCAGAUCGCCGCGCAGGCCGCCGUCCUGCAACACCAGAGCAGCCAACAGCAACAACAGCAGCUACAACACGUCCGACAACGAUCGCAGACCGUUCCGAACCCGGCAAACGGCGACGGCGGUGAUAACGUGAGAAGGGGGAGCGGCGCGAGGGGCCCACUCAGCCCGCCUAUGCUAAGUCUGACCGAGGCGAGCGCUCCACGAGAGAGCGGCUUUGGAAACCAAGGAUACCACAACGGCCUCCUGGGUAGCCAUUCUGCUGCCGCGACGUCAGCAGCGAACGCCGCAUUCCCGCGAUCGGGGCAGACUUCACCGGGUCUGCCACAGCCGCAGCAGCAACACAGCCCUGUACACCCCGUCCACCCUGCACCGCAGCUUAUCGCGGAUCCGAAACCGGCGAGGGCAGAAAAGUCCAAGGUGAAGCUGUUCUCUCGCCCCGUCAAGAUCGGCACCAAAGGCGACCCGAAAGAUAAACCUCUCCCGAGCCCAAGCAAGAUCGGCAGUGCGCUCGCGUCGUUGCAGCGUGGGAAUUUCAGCACCAGUAGUCUUAUUGAUACUAGCGGCCAGUCUAUCUACAGUCUUAACAACUCAUCAUCUGCGACGGUUCGCGCCGUACCCGAGACGCCCACCAUGGAGAAGCCAGAAGGAAAAGAAAAGGAGAAGAAGCACCAUUUUCUGUCGCGACAGAAGCAUAAGCUCAAAGAUGACUACCAUCUGCCGUUGUCAUCCGCAUCCAGCAACUCGAAACCAACAGACCCCAGUGCUCCCUCGAGUCUGUACAAUUUCAACUUACCCCCUAGUCCAGCCCCGACUGCAACGUCAUUUGGCAAGGUGCGGCGGGACAAAAAGACUGAAAAAGAGGCUAGCGGUCUUGGUGCCGAGUCGAGCUCCCUUCCGUCGGAAUGGCCUGGCCCGAGCAGUCUGCCGAGUUUGACACAUCAGUCGUCAUAUCUCUCGGAACCAGUUGAUGCUGGAAAGUACGGCCUCAACAGUAUGGCGCUCGACGAUGCAUGGCCUUAUCUGAAGGCGAAAAUCCUCGUCAUUUUCGAAGGCGAAGACUUGCGACAGCCCGUUGAAGAUUUCAACAGGUUAGUCACUCUACACGUACAAUACUGUAUCCAGCGCAGAUCACCGAAUAUCAUUCUGGAGGAUUUGCGCGAACUUCUUGCGACCGGGUUUUCUUCGUUGGACCACACCCUCAGGCGCACCCAAGAAGACAAGGUCAUUCCGGCGCUUGUCGAAAUGUGGCUGAUUACCUACACAUCCAUCUUACCGUAUAUGCAAGCCGUCUUCUUGCCUCUGGAUCUCGAGUUCUCUGGUUGCGGUGUUCUCAUGAAUGCCGACCAGGCGCGCGACUUCUGGGGUGGCGUCAAAGCGACACCAAUGUCCACCGAUAACGCACCGCACGUUAGCCCUGCCUCAUCCAUUCUCGAUGUGCGCCGCAUCGUCUUGACUGCCUACCGCGACAUCGUAAUCCUCCCCCGUUACGAAUCGCUCAAGACUAUCUUCUCCCGUCUAUCCCUAGAGUUUCUCCCCUCCUCUUUCGCCUCCAUGGCCCUCGCCUCCCCGCUACCCGACCCCGCGCUCUCCUCCAGCCCCGCCGACACGAUGAGCAUGAUGCGCCCCGGAACGGCUAUGAGCCUUGAUCCGUCGGUCGCCAGUUACAACUCCAACGCAACGACAUUACUCGGCGACAGCAGUGCUGGUGUUGGUGGCGGAAGUGGCGGAAGCGGCGGACGUAGCCGCGCCAUCAGCAACGUAAGCUACGGCAGCGUCGGCAGCGACGGGCAGCUUAGGCCGUUCACGCGUGAGCAAAACGUCGAGGACUCAAAGCAGGUCACUGAGAUGGUGGGCCGCAUGCUUCAGUGCAUGAGUAUUCUUGCCAGCGUCGGCGACGUCGGGGGAGACGGCAGCGACGAGGGCAACAGGCGGAUGGAGGAGCUUUGUCGGCUGCUGAAACUCAACUGGCUUGGCAGAGGGCGAACAGGCAGGAACAGAAGGGGCAUUGUGGGAGGCAGAGUGAGGAGAGAAAUUCCCGAGUCUGUUAGGGAAGGAUUACGCGUUAUUUGA